AGGACAUCCGGGUCGCGAGCGCUAACGUCCAUUACUUGUUAGCCACAGCUGUAGGGAGAAGAAAGGCGGCCAAAAUGCAAACGUCUAUAGCCAAUAUCGUUAUUUUCUCUUUGUUACAGAUUUUAGUGUCUUUUUCGUGUUUUCAAGAGGUAGUUGAAGCAGCCAGUGGAAGAGGAUUCGGAGAUAACAUCCACUGGAGGACGCUGGAAGAUGGCAAGAAAGAGGCCGAGGCCAGUGGGCUGCCAGUCAUGGUCAUCAUUCACAAGACCUGGUGUGGAGCCUGCAAAGCACUAAAGCCCAAAUUUGCUGAAUCCAAGGAAAUCUCUGAACUGGCACACAACUUCAUAAUGGUGAAUCUAGAGGAUGAAGAGGAGCCGAAGGACGAGGCUUUCAGCCCGGACGGUGGAUACAUCCCUCGGAUUCUCUUCCUCGAUCCCAGUGGCAAAGUUCAUCCAGAAAUCACCAACAAAAACGGGAAUCCCUCUUACAAGUACUUCUACAGCACCGCAGAGCAAGUCGUGUCUGGUAUGAAGGAGGCGCAGGAGAAGCUGACGGGCGACGCCUUCAAACAAGGCCACACAGGAGAUGAGUUGUGAGGAGGAGGAGGGGGGGGGGGGGGCUUCAGGCUCCAUGGAGGCUGUAAGGGCUACUCUUCCUCUACAUGAGCUGCUCAGCCCCCUCCAGCAUUUAUACUUCUAACGGUAGAAAAUAGGCUCGGUUUCAGCCGAUUUUUAACACCACAGGUGCAUGACUACUCCUUCCUGUCCUGCAUGGUUUUUUUUCCCAGCUCUGCAGUCAUUUAUUUUUCCUCAUUAUUGUUUAAAUCAUUUGUUUCUAAGUUACUCUUUACUAAAUGUCAAUACUGUACUUGGUGUCUGUGGAGGGUAUAAGCGACUCAAGGCUGCGCUCAAACUUAUUUUUUCCCACCUGCUUAAUGAACUCAAUGUUUAGGUUUUUUUAAUUAUUA